GGAACGUCAGUAGCUACUGGUUCAACAGCGAGAAAUGAUCGUAUUGUAUCUAACUAAAUAAUCAUUGAAACAACGUUGUGUUGUGUUUUAAAAUGCUCCAAGAGCUGUCGUUGACAAGAAAACGGUAGUUCGAUAUAGGAAAAUCCACGUCAAGUGUUCGUAAAAUGCUCUAAAGUGAUAUAUACACUGCCCGAAAAUGUAUAAGCUUCUAGGAGGACUAGCCAAUUACUUCAAAUACCAGGAAAUAGUGACGGAUUGUGCAAUUUUCCGCAUGCACAAUAUCUUUACGUGUGCCUUAUUGAGUGCAUGCAGUUUGAUAGUGACCGCCAAUCAAUUUGUAGGGAAUCCCAUACAGUGCAUAGUCGAUGGCCUUCCCAAUCAUGUCGUCAACACCUACUGCUGGAUAUCUUCCACCUUCACCAUGCCUGACGCCUUCCAGAGACAGGUCGGAUACGAGGUGGCUCAUCCUGGAGUGGCCAACGAUUUUGGCGAAAACAGCGCCCAAAAGUACUACCCCUACUACCAGUGGGUCUGUUUCGUGCUGUUCUUCCAGGCCAUAGCGUGUUAUACACCGAAAAUAUUAUGGGACAUGUCAGAAAACAACCUGAUGAGGACCUUGGUCAUGGGACUGAACAUCGGAGUGUGCCAAGAGAAAGAGAAGAACGCCAAAAAAGAAAUAAUUUUAGGAUACUUGAUGGAUCACGUCAAGAGACACAACUUCUAUGCCCUCCGCUACUGGGGCUGCGAGUGCCUAUGCCUCAUCAACAUCGUAGCGCAGCUCUUCAUCAUGAACAGGUUCUUCGACGGAGAAUUCCUCUCCUACGGAUGGAGGGUGAUGAAAUUCUCCGAGUUGUCUCAAGAAGAUCGCGUGGAUCCAAUGGUGUACGUCUUCCCUAGAGUCACCAAGUGCAUCUUCCACAAAUACGGUCCCACAGGAACCAUCCAGAAGCACGACAGUUUGUGCGUCCUUCCCCUAAAUAUAGUCAACGAGAAAACUUAUAUUUUUAUAUGGUUCUGGUUUAUGAUCUUGGCGACCAUGUUGACGUUCUUGGUUCUCUACAGGAUACUAAUCAUCGCUUAUCCCAAAAUUAGACCGAGGAUUCUUCACGCCAAGAACAGAGCUAUUCCGAUCGAAGUCUGCAAGGCCCUCUGCAACAAGAUCGACAUAGGAGACUGGUGGAUCAUGAUGAUGUUAGGAACCAACAUGGAUUCCCUCAUCUAUAGAGAAAUUAUUUCGGAACUGGUGAAGAAGAUCGACACUAAGGGAGGUUGAUGGAAUCUAAAUAGCGUAGAUUUUUGUAAAUAAUUUCGUAAUGAAGGGACUUAGUGAAAGUAUUAAUUAGAACAUUUGUUCAGUGAAGUAUUUUUUAUAUAAGAAAUCGAAUUGAAACUAUUACAACAAAAUUUAUUUAUUAUUUCGGGGAUAAAUAGUAUAGACAAAUCAGAAUAACUAUUUGAUCAAGUAUCAAUUAGCAGCUCAAUUAUUUUUAUAAGUAUAUUUUCCAAAAUAUUUGGAGAUUUACACCUAUAUCAGAAAAAUAACUUUGCAAGAUGGUUACUCACAUGUCUGAAGAACAUUUGGAAUUAUACGUCUUUAAUACUAUUUGUCUCAUUUUCGACACAGACGGAUCAGAAAGAGUAUAUGUCAUCGCAGCUCACUUAUUUACUGAUGAAGUAAAAAAUUUGGAAAAGUACGCUUAUAUGUAAGAUUUGUCUUAUUUCUGAGAUAAACAGUAUAAAUAACUUGGUAAUAUGAAUCUCCUAAUAACUAAUAAUAUACAGAUUUUUGAUAAAAAUUAUGUGGCUCAUAUCAGCCAGUCACUCAGAAAAGUAUCUUUAUAAAAUAACAGCACAAUAACUUAUCUCAUAUGUUAUAUUCACAAUAAUACCUCAUUUUUGAGACAUGGACCAGAAGAAGAAUUUGAUACAUUAUGUCAUCGCAGCUCAGUAAUCUACUGAAGAAAUAAAAUAUUUGGAAUGGCCAUAUUAUAUAAGAUUUGUUUUAUUUAUGAGACGAAUAGUAUAAAUAGAUCAGAAAUUUGACUUGAAAUGAAAAUCACAUCAUGAAAUUUGGAAUUCGCCAAGUUCAUAGACUCCAAAUAUCUAACAAAUGCCAAUAAAUUUGCUAGUUUUUUGUUUCUCUUUUUGUUCUUUAUACAACAAAAAAGAAUAAAGAAAAAUCAACACCAUGUUACUUUUUUGGUCUUUGUGAAGUAAUCAAUAAUGAAAUCUAUGUACAGAUAUUACUAUUUUUCACUGUAAAAUUCUUAAUAAUGACAGUUUCAUUUGACACUUAUUUGGGUCAAAUCUAAUAAUUUUUCUUCUUACUCUUGAAAUAAUUUAGAAUGACAAUAACAUAGUAUUUCUUAUAUCAUACCUCCGAUGUAUAUAAAACGUUAAUGUGUUCGUUUUGCAUAUUUUCAUAAGUGAUUCGUUAAUUUUUAACGAUGAUACAUUCCUACAAAGUUAUGGUUUUUCAUAUUAUUGUUAAUAAAAAUGUGGUCAAUUAUCAAAGACUUAAUGUAUACAAUAAUGUGGUUAUAGCAAUAAUCGUAGUCUACUUAGAAUCGAUGGAUUUUUUACGAAAUCGUUUUUGUAUUAGAUAAAAAUGUAUGAGCAGGGUUAUCCAGGUCUAGAAUUAUUAAACACUUUUCAUAGAAUAAGAUUUUUGUGAUAGGUACCCGAAUGGAUAAGUAUAGUCUAUAUUAAAAUGCACAAAGUUCUAUUUGGUAAUGUUCUAGUUGCUUAAAAAGAGAACAAAUUUCAGACAAUCGUCCUUGCAUAUAGAUCAUUAUAAAUGACAUACAAUUUCCUGUUGCAUUUUACGACAGACUAUACCUAAUAAUACUAUUAUUAUAUAAAAUUGUGAUUGAAUGUUACAUGUAUUUUUUAUUGCAUCCUCUCCAGUGUUUAUAAUUACUUGCUAGAUAAUAAUUUUUAUUAAUUGUAAUCGUUUUAUUUAUUACGUAGUGGCGUUUGUCAAAAGAUCUUUGAAGUAGUUAUAAUUUCUUUUUUUUUUGUAUAAAUUGAAUAUAAACUCCCGUUCUUAAAAACCUGACUUAAAUAAUAUACCAGGUGUACACUUUUAUAUUUUCCCCCAUUUUAACUGCCUAUAACUUCUAAACUGCUCAAGAUAGAAAUAUGCGGUUUUCGCUGAAAUUUUAGUAAAAGUUUUGUUUGAAUGAAUUGAAUUUUUUAUAUCGCUUUCAAUUACGAAAAAAAAUGGCGGUUUUUUGAAACAAACGUUGUUUGCCUUUUCUUAAUGGAACACCCAGUAUAUUUUUUUGUAAAUUGAAAGAACGGUCAUUCAACUAUCCAGCGAUAUAAAGUUUUUUAAAAUCGGUUGUUAAAUGACUGAGUAAUUAAUUUUUAAAAUGAGAGGUGCAACGUGGAUAUGAUAUAACUAAAUAACAUAAAUGAAACUAAGCAAAUUGAUAUUAUAGGUCUGGAUCCCGCGUAUGAAAAAAAAGUUGAUUAAUAACAAGCUGAAAAUUUGUUAAUAGCUUAAGGGUGUCUAGUCGAAUAAACUUUGAUAUAUGGGAACACUGAAACAGGAGCAGUUUUAAUUGUGGAACAGGUUAAAAAUUUGGAACGGUCACAGCACGAAAACGGCACAUUUAUUUUGUCCGACAGAACAGACUUAAACUCUCCGAACAGAGAUUAAACUCUCAUGAAAAAAUCAGACUGCUAUUUAUUACCUGUCGUAAUUCCUGUCAUUUGACAUAUUCUACAUGUUCCACUCAUUAAAACGCCCAUUUGGUGAUAAAUAGCAAUCUGAUUUUUGCAUGAGAGUUUAAUCUCUGUUCGAAGAGUUUAAGUCUGUUCUGUCGGACAAAAUAAAUGUGCAGUUUUCGUGCUGUGACCGUUCCAAAUUUUUAACCUGUUCCACAAUUAAAACUGCCCCUGUUCCAGUGUUCACACAUAUCAAUGUUUAUUCGACUAGACACCCUUAAGCUAUUAACAAAUUUUCAGCUUGCUAUUAAUCAACUUUUUUUCAUACGCGGGGUCCAGACCUAUUAUGUUAUGUGAUUUCCACAUUGCAUCUCUCAUUUUAAAAAUUACGUACUCGGUCAUUUGACAACCGACUUUAAAAAAAAUUUAUAUCGUUGGAUAGGUGAAUGACCGUUCGUUCAAUUUACAAAAAAAAAAUAUACUGUGUGUUUCAUUAAAAAAGUCGUUUUUUUUCAAAAAUCCGCCAUUUUUUUCGUAAUUGAAAGCGAUAUAAAAAAUUCAAUCCAUUCAAACAAAACUUUUACUAAAAUAAAACAUUUCAGCGAAAACCGCAUAUUUCUAUCUGGAGCCGUUUAGAAGUUAUAGGCAGUUAAAAUGGGGGAAAAUAUAAGUGGACUAUAUGGAGAAUAUAAAGUGGUAUUAAAAUUCUUCUUCUUUGUGUACCAUGUCCUUUCAGAGCGUUGGUUACCAUCAUAGCUAUGUAAAUUUUAUUUACUACCAUCCUAAAUAUCUUGCUUGUAUCAAUACCAUACCAAUUUCACAAGUUCUUCAACCAUGCAGUUCUUCUUCGUCCUGGACUGCGUUUGCCGGUCAUUUUCCCUUGCAUAAUAUUUUGUAGCAACCUAUAUUUGGGACCUUUUACUACAUGUCCGAAAUACUCUAGCUUUCUUUUGUAAGGACAUAAUAUAGGAUAUAUUUAACUAUAUUGAGAAGAAUAAUUUUUUUUCUUAAAAUCUCACUUUCCUAUUUCAUGAAUUAUUAUUUAAAAGGGUUCUUUUUCACGAUUUAAGCCACUUUGUAUCAAGGUAAUUAAAAAUAAGCUUUCCAAAACACCUUUCAAGCUGGUAACAUGUUCCCACUGUAUAAGUUUUUAUGGAAUCGGUGAACAAACAAUUGGCAGCAAGAUAUAAUACUUAAAAACAACUGUACAAGGAUCUAUUGACAACAUAAUCGUAUUUUACAUUUAAUUUUGUCAUCUCGAACUGUUAUUUUUCUCUCUACAAUCCGUUUUUACUCGAAUAUAAAAUGUUUUAUGUACAAAAAACUGUGAUCGUUACGAAGAAAAUUGCAUACCAGGGUAUAUCGCUGAAUGGGAGAGUUUUACAAUGUUUCUGUUACGUUUUUUCUUGAACACAGAAUUAUCUUUGAAUUCUUCUAUAUUUUGUGUAUUAUAAGUUUUGCAGAUUUACAUUAAAAAAUUACUUACUAAUGGAUUGCGUCAAUUGAUUCUAAUUACUUAUAUUUCAUUCUAGUUACAUAUUUCCACAAUAUCAAUGCCCACAAGCCAUAACAUGAUUAACAAAUUCGCCUCGAUGUAUAUCGGGGCAGUGCCUAUCUCGGCCCAAGAAACAGGUAGGUCUUUUAAAAAUAAUGUCCCAAGUCGGCGCAAAGAUAUACCAGCUCGGCUCGUGGGAUAUUAAUUGUUACUAUCAAAUAAUUUUACAUCUCAAUGGAAAAAAAUACAUUUAUAGAAUAACUUUAUUAAAUAGAUAUAAUUAUCUAUAUGUAUAAUUAUCCAUAGCCCAAUAAAAAUAAAAACUAAUCGUUUUGUCCUAAAAAAAAACUAAUUGUCGUACUGUGUUUUGUAAUUGUAAUAUUUUCUCCACUUGUUUUGCUGAAAGAUUUGCAAUUAACACCUAACACAUGUUUACUUUGUUUCACCUGAAGCUAAUUUUCGUUUUUGUUCUUUAAAUUUAUAACGUUCACACAAUAAUAAUUUUCCUCUUUGACUAAACAUUUCACUUAUACUGGCCUUUAAAGAUGUCAUUAUACUCUAUUUUGUCUGAAUACUGAAUUAGUAGUUAAUUGAAAGAUAAAUUGAUUCCACUACGAGGUGUCAAGCGAGUAACAUCGGUCUGUAUUUUGUCGUACUUUGUAAAACAUAGUGCAAAAACAGUGACGUUGGUGUAUCUUCAACUAGAAAUAAUAAUUGUUUUUGACUACAUGAACAGUGUCUUAGCAGAUACCUAAACAGUCAAUAUGUCUCAAACAUCUAACCAAGCUUUAUCCUAUGUAUCAGUAGCGAAAUCGAUUCCACGGCCAACAUGUCCAACCAAGAGAAACUGUUUCUUAAAUUCGUAAAGAACACAAAAUUUCUGUACAAUAUUGAACAAAGGGGUAUUGAAGGUAGGAUAUUGUUCUAUGUUAAUAAGAAAUUUUCCCUAAUCUAUAAUUCCAAGAUAAAAUUAUUAUUAUACCUACUAAUGGGGUACUAAGCCCUACCUGUUAAUCUUCGAGCCGACCUGUGACGUUUUUAAAAUGUACCUGGGGUAUCAUAAAGGACUAAAGGGUUAUAGUGAGCCGAGAUGGGAAAACCCCAUCUAUAUAACCUUUUCAGAAAAAAUGGCGCGCCAUAUUUUCAUUUUUAAGUGUUUGAAGUAAAAUAUGGUAUUAUUUAUAAAUAUAAAUCUUGCGAUAGUGGAUGCGUGUUUGUAUCACUUUGAAGAUAAUUCUUUGUACAAGAAUCAAACAAGAACUGGCAUUUGACUUCUUGGUGACUUACCCUCUUCACCAGCUGUGUUUUAUUGUACAGAUUUUAUAGGAUUUUUUAAGUGUCGUACCCACAUUAAAAACUUUUUGACAUUUUUACACUAAAUGUGACGCUUUUAUGAUACGUAAGAUCUUUUAGACUGUAAGAUUUAGGGCGUAAGUAUGUAAGUUUUAUAAUUAAUAGCGAAAAAUGGAUAAAUAUAUUUUUAAGAAAAGAA